CGUGCGUCUAUCAAACAUCAUGGCCGACAAAGACAUCACAUUUGUUGUCAGUAUUGAUGGAGAGGAGCAUCACGUCAUAGCAUCAGCAACCCUUGUAGAGGCCCUGGAUUCAGAUGACCGUUCAACCAGGCAACAUGCCUAUGAGUACAUUUUAUCUGUACUGAGGCAAGGGAAGACAAGUGCUGGUACUCCUAGUGAUGGUGGUGGCGGUGGUGGUGGGGGAGAGUCUCUGCCUGAGAACCAAAGACCAGAAAAAGAUACUUCCAGUACUACAUGGACAAGAUCUCAAACCCUGCUCCUGCUUGAACUGUACAAAGCAAAUGUAGAUAAGUUCAACAACCCCCUGUUGAAAAAAAAAUUGUGGGAAGAACUGUGCCAAUCCCUUAACAGUAAAGGUUACCAUUUUAAUAGCAAGCAUGUUGAAGGCAGAUGGAAGACCAUCGUGGCAGCUUAUCAUUGAGCUAAAGACAGCAACAGAGCGACGGGAGCAAAGAGAACAUCCUUUGAAUUUAAAGCAGAAUUGGACUAUAUUCUAGGGGAAAGGCAUGAUACUUCUCCAGCAUAUACAAUUUCAAACUAAGAAAGUGCUUCUAGUUCAUCAGCAUGUACAGGAGACUCGGAGGAAGACACUGACUCAGGUGAAGAACCCAAUGUUAAAGAUACAGUAGUUGAACCGACAAGAAAAAGCUCUUCAAAUCAAAUAUUGAAAAUUUUGAAACAAUAUGGUGAAGAGGAGAAGCAGAGAGAACAAGCACGUUUAGAUGUAAAUGCAGAAUGAGAAAGUUGAUUUAGUAAAAAAUCUUAUUGACAUGAUGAAACAGAAACAAAAACUUUUAAAAUUUCAAUACAUAUAUACAAAACUGACCCUCUCAAACAAAGUUUACAAUUGGGUAUAUUGGAGUCACUCAGUCUGUCAGUUUGCUCGCUGUUUGUUUGCAUAUGUUUUAAGUUUGUGAAGUAAACCUCUAAAUUUUGUUAUGCGAUUUAAAUGAGGAAACUUAAAAUAUGUCAUCAUAAAAUUUAGAUAUACGACACACGUUUUCCAUGUCCAUUAAUCCACAUGUUCCUGACUUAUUUGACCUUGAAUUUUCUCAUAGCACUUCAUGGUGAAUCAAACCCAGCACGUUAACGAGCAAAAGCUUAUGCAAUAACACUACUAAAAUGGAUUCUCAAAAUGUCCUGAUGUAUUUGUUCUCAAUUAUCAGGCAGUGCAAGACCUAAAAAAAUAAUUGACAAAAGGCACAACCCUUCACUUAUACCUUUUAUUUUAGUUCUACACCCAUCCAUUAACAAAAUUUAUUUGAGGGGGGAUAUCAAUUCAACGAAUUUGCUUGUGUUUACAUGAGUGGAAGUUAUAGACAAAAGAUGAAUGUGGGGGGGGGGGGGGUAUCUGUACUCCACUGGCACGUGUUAAGUAUUGUUUAUUAGUCCCCUACCGGUUUCACCGGAGGGGACUUAUGAUUUGCGCUCCGUGUGUCAGUAAUUCUGUCAAUCUGUCUGUCUGUCUGUCACACAUUUCUGGAUUCUGCGAUAACUUUAGAAGUUCUUAAUAUUUUUUCAUGAAACUUGGAACAUAUGUCCAUAUGGACAUUAUGCACGUCAUUUCAUUAUGUUCCUACGUCAAAAAUUCUGGUUGCUAUGGCAACAAAUAGACUAGAAAUACUGCUGAAAUGGUGGUUUUCUGGAUCCUGCGAUAACUUUUAAAGUUCUUAAUAUUUUUUCAUGAAACUUGGAACAUGGAUAGAUGGCAAUAUGGACAUUAUGCACGUCAUUUCAUUUUGUUCCUUCGUCAAAAAUUCUGGUUGCUAUGGCAACAAAUAUAUCAAAUAUAUAUUAAAAAAAACUGAAAAUGGUGGAAUUUCUGACAAUGGUGGAGCCGGUAGGGGACUUAUAUUGCCCGACAAUAGUCUUGGCCUAGUUUUACUAGUUUCAUUGGAUGGAAUCCAUUUAAUUUAUAGUUGUAAGCUCACCUGAGGAUUUUUUUUCUUCAAGCACCAUUUUUUUCAACUGGAUUUUUUUUCUUCAAAAUAAGACCCGCAUUAGGGUGAUAUGUUUAACAGAAAAUGCAAGGAUUUGUUCAAGUGACACUCAUAGAUUGAUAACCUAACACAACAAUUCUUCUCAAGUGAGUGCUUUAGUUCAAGUAGCCUCCAUUAAUUAAAAUGUUCUUUUGCCUGCCCUUUUAAUAAAGGUAAUACAUGUACAGAUUUCAAUCUGUUUGAACAUUUACAUGUGUAUUCUAUAUUUGUCUAGAGCAGGGGAUCAGAAAAUAGUUACCUGUUCAUAAGUUUUGCUUUUACUUUGUUAAAUAUAAGGAAACAUUUUGAUCUUAUAUUUUUGAAUAUGUUGUUUACAAUGACAGCUAGUCAUAGUGGCAGACAGCCAUGUGAUACUCAAACAGGUUGUGAUGGAAUUUGACACUUAAAGCAAAAAUAUAUCUAACAUUCGAUCAUCAGCUCAAGUAUGGAAUAAUUACUUUGUGAUGAUUAGAAGUGAUCUAUGGAUUUCAAUGAAAGUAAACCAAUAAAAACAAACACAAUACCUUUAUAUUGAUAUGUAAUAAUUACUAAUGUCAUCAUCAUAGACAUUCUGAACAUAAAUACCUUAAACAAAGGUCAACUAUAUAAUAUUAUGUUUCCAUGUUUUUUUUUCUAGAUACAUGCAUGUUAAGGCAAUUAUUCUUUGUGUGCAGUUCUGAAUAUAUUUUAACUACAAUUCCAGGUUAAACAUUUGCAUUCCAAUUAUAAAUUGCAUGCAUGCAACUUUUUUCACUGCAGUAAGAAGCUUCCAACACUUAAGCAUUUUGCUUUCACUCAAAUAAUGAAAUAAGUGUCAAAUUCCAAAUUAAGGAUGAUAUUAUUAUUAUUGUUGUUGUUGAUUUUUGUUUAAAGAUAUUUUAUCUUUUUGUUAGGUAAUUUGCUAUAAAAGUGGAACAGCAA